GCCGACUGCAUCCUGUUGCUGCUGCCGCAUGUUAGGACAGUCAUUGUUUGGCGCGAGACGCAGUGGCAGUGGCUCUCCGACUCGGUUGCAGCGGGCAGAGUUGUGCACACUUCCUGGCGGCAGCCAGAUGAAUGGCUGCGCUUUGGUACGACUGACUGCAACACAGAGUCGCCUCUUGUGAUACCUGGGCCCGAGUAUGUUCUCACGCGAGAUGCUCGGCAAGCAUGGCUAGCAGUGGUGACACCAGUCGUUCUGGCAAAGGAGCUGCGCCUUCGCAGAGGAGGAGGGAACCUCAUCAUCGUUGAAGUUGGGGUCUUUUUGGGGCAGCUGUCGAAGUUCAUUCUUGAUCACUGCGAUUUCGUGCAGCUCAUUGGCGUUGAUCCAUAUUUGGGUGCCGAUGGCACCUUUCCUGGCAACUUCGAUUCGGAACUACAUCCGGAGGUAGCUUUCCAUCAUGCUUCCAAGUUGUAUGCUUCUUUCGGCGACAGGGCGCUGCUUCUACGAGCAACGUCUCUCGAAGCUGCGCAGUCCCUGCCUGACAACAGCAUCGAUGCGGUUUUCAUCGAUGGCUGCCAUUACUACAACUGCGUGAAGUCCGAUUUCGCUGCUUGGAUGCCGAAGCUGCGUGCUACAGCCGAGACUUUGGUGGCAGGCCAUGACUUCUCGCCCCAAUGGCCUGGUGUUGUGCGUGCAGUGCAGGAGCAGAGACAGAACCACAAGAUCGUGACACUAUCCACUGAUUGGUUGUUCUGGUGGUUUGAUCGGCAGCAAGAAACUACAGGAGCACAUGAAGGGCAGAGCGCGGGCUGA